AUGGAAGUAUGUACCGAGGUAUUCUUGAACAUCGUGGACCCGAUCCCAGGUAAUCUGGUUACUCCUAAUGUUGACCCAGCCCAAGUUAAUAAAUCCGUUCCAAUUUUGGCUCAUGUGCCCAUUCCAAACAUACCACUUCCUGGUAGGGACGAUUGGCCCAUAUCGCCUGAUCUGAUAAUUGGUGCCCCAACAUCUCCUCUAUUUGGUAAAGGUGAAUCUUUAGAUAAGCGUCGUCGUAUCCUCAUCCCAACCACACGAAUGACUUUGGAGUCGUUGCAAAGAUCGCUUGACUUCGAUGCCUGGCCUCCACUGCCUUCUUCGUUUGGUCCUCCGGUGGUUCGAUUUCAUGCCUCUACCCCACUACCUGAUCUUAAUAGGCCAGUCUCGCAUAACGACCCCACAUCCAAUUCUUCAAUUCACGAUGACGAUACCUCAUCCAAUGAAAUCUCCAGUAUUCUCAAGGUUGAACCCCACCACAUACAUGGUCGAGGAAGUUUUGUGUGUAGGUGUUUUAUCAAGGGAGGUAUGCAAUCCUUAUGUGAAACCUUGUGGAUGUUAAGAGGUGAAGUUUCUCUUUCACUGCAUUUAGUUAGUAGUAGAAAGAGCAGAAAGAUUUUGGUGAGAAGAUCAUUGACUAGAUCUUGUAGCAGAAGCCCUUCACAGAAUAUUUUUGGGUCAUGGAUGGUGGAAACAUGGCUACCUGGACAACCUUUGAUUUCUGCUAAAGCUAAAGAUGAAGCAAAACACUUGGAAAAUUCCGGAAGUGACUUUGUGGUUUCAAAACAGUUGUUGGGUGAUCUUGAUUUUGAGGAUGAUUUCAGUUCUGAACUUUAUGAACCAUACAGCAGAUGUUAUCAGCCUGUAGAGGAACCCUGGCUUCUAGAAGCUUCCCUUCUUUCCCAAUAUGAUAGACAAAUAGAUUCUUCAAAUGGUUGUUCAACAUGUGACAACAAUAUAUCAGAAAGAGAGUACCCUGUUGAGGAGCCAUGGUUAUCUAUUAAGGCUCCCACCAUUGAUGUAUCUUUGGAAAACAAGGUGGAAAACAUCAAGCCAAAGGAUCAAAGUCCAAGAAUUGAAAAAAUAUUUGAUAAAUUGACUCGGGUAUCUAUUGGAAAUGAGAAAGAAAGUGAGAAACCUGUUAAUGAGCUUGAGGAAAUUCCAAAAAGAUUGUUUCUUGAUGAUGAGGGUAGGGUAGGUAUGCAAGGUACACAACAAGGGGUAUCUGUUGAUACAGUUAUAUUGAUAAACUCUUCUUUAUGUACAAUGCAAAGGGUUGCUGUAAUGGAAGAUGAAAAACUGGUUGAAAUAUUACUAGAACCUAUAAAAAACAAUGUUCAUUGUGAUAGUGUAUAUAUAGGAGUAGUCACAAAACUAGUUCCAAACAUGGGUGGAGCAUUUGUAAACAUAGGUCACCCCAGAGCUUCUCUUGUUGGAAUAAGUCAUCAUGUGGAGCCCUUUAUAUUUCCUCCAUUUUCCCGCCAUAAAGAGCCAAGAUCCGUGGAUGGGUCUUUGCUUGUUGAGCUUCUAGAACAUUCUAGAGUUAAUGAGAACAACAAACCCAAAUCAGAAGAACAACAAGUUAUCGAUAAUAUUGAGGAGAAUGAUGAUGACAUGGAUGAUGAUGAGUUUGAUGUGCCUGAAGACUUUCCGGAAGAUGUGAAUGGAGGUGUGGUUAACUCUGUGGUGUAUAUUAAUGGAAAAAGGAAUUUAUUUCAACCAAUUGAAACUUCUCAUGAUUCAAAUCAUCAAACCAUGACUGAGAUUACUGAUAGUAACAAGGGUCCAUGCACAAAUGAAAGUAAAUGGGCACAAGUUCAAAAGGGUACUAAAAUAAUCGUGCAAGUUGUCAAAGAGGGUUUGGGUACCAAAGGGCCCACAUUGACUGCUUAUCCAAAGUUAAGAAGCCGAUUUUGGGUUUUGCUGACACGUUGUGAUAGAAUUGGGAUUUCGAAGAAGAUUUCAGGAUUGGAGAGGACUCGAUUGAGGGUGAUAGCAAAGACAUUGCAGCCUCCUGGUUUUGGGCUUACAGUGAGGACUGUUGCUGCAGGUCAUACAAUGGAAGAACUUGAAAAGGAUCUUGAUGGGCUGCUUCUGAUGUGGAAAGGUAUUACUGAACAAGCAACAUCUGCAGCCCUUGCUGCAGAUGAAGGUGUGGAAGGUGCAAUUCCUGCUAUGUUACAUCGAGCCAUGGGGCAAACACUAUCAGUAGUCCAAGACUAUUUUAAUGACAAGGUGAAGAACAUGAUAGUUGAUUCUCCAAGGAUAUAUCAUGAGGUUACAAAUUAUCUUCAAGAAAUAGCUCCUGAUCUCUGCAAUCGUGUGGAGUUAUACACCAAAAAGAAUCCACUUUUUGAUGAGUACAACAUUGAGGAAGAAUUGAACAACAUGUUAAGUAAAAGGGUGUCACUCUCUAAUGGAGGUUAUCUAGUAAUUGAACAAACAGAGGCUUUAGUCUCCAUUGAUGUGAAUGGAGGACAAUGUAUGCUUGGUCAUGGAACUUCACAGGAGAAAGCCAUCCUUGAUGUCAAUCUUGCAGCUGCUAAACAAAUUGCUAGGGAAUUAAGAUUGAGGGAUAUUGGUGGAAUUAUUGUGGUCGAUUUCAUUGAUAUGUGGGAUGAUUCAAAUAAGCGAUUGGUGUAUGAAGAAGUUAAAAAAGCAGUUGAGAGAGAUCGAUCAUUGGUUAAAGUCUCGGAACUUUCUAGACAUGGGCUCAUGGAGAUCACUAGAAAAAGGGUGCGACCUAGUGUGACAUUUAUGAUAAGUGAGCCAUGUUCUUGUUGUCAUGCAACUGGAAGAGUCGAAGCUUUGGAAACUUCAUUUUCAAAAAUAGAACGUGAAAUUUGUCGAUUUCUUGCACGAAUGGAAAGGGCAGAUCCUGGAAAACCUGAAACUUGGCCGAAAUUUGUUCUGAUGGUUGACCGAUAUAUGGGGAGUUAUUUGACUUCGGGAAAGAGGACACGAUUAGCAAUUCUAAGUAGUUCUCUUAGAGUAUGGAUUUUGCUUAAGGUUGCAAGAGGGUUUACUCGAGGAGGAUUUGAGAUAAAACCACUUGCGGAUUUCAAGGAUCAUAGAGAUGAAGAUCAACAAAUGAGUCGGACUCAGCCGCCGCCAUUUCAGCCACCACAUGCCGCCAGAGAUCCGCGUCCGCCAAGACGGAAAGUCACCAUCUUUCCGAUCAAGAAAUGGAAGACUGGUGGCAAGUGAAUGGAGAGAGUGAGAGAGGGCAACGUUGAUGAUGGGGAGCGAGGGGGAAUGGAAUGUAUGGUGUCAAGACCUCCCGUGGGGCCUACACCCAUGGGGGUAUUUAUGAAAAAGUUUUCACAUUCAAGGCAGUGGCUUAUCUCCGUUUAGUUUUCUGGUGGAGGCAAAGGAGAGGGCGGGGAACUCCGUCCCUGAUACCUCAUGGGGUUCUAAAAAAUAAUUACCUUAUUCUUACUUGUUUUUCAGUUAUAAAUAAAAAUCUUACGACAUAGAGUUACUAUAAAUUAAUGUGUGUUGUAUUUAAAUAAUUAAUAUGAUACUAGAUGUGUAACAGUGCAAAGCGG